UGAACUGGAUGUUGUUGGCCGUCAUGGAGGCAGCCUGAAUUGGCUGCUGGCAUGUGGUGUAUGUUCCAAUACUCACACUUUGUAUUGUGUUGUACUCUGAUUGAACUCAUCUCUGCCACUAGAAUUGUGGGAUUGCAGGACCGCGAGUGGCUUUGCAAUAAGCACGUUGAGUAAACGUUGUGAAAAUGUGUUGAAUAUUGGAGGGAUGCAGUCAGCGAUUUCAAGGCUGCAACUCCUUGGUUUCAAGUGUGGCUGUGCUGCAUGAAGUCUGCAGCGGGCUUAUUCGUCUCUUGAGUCUUGCCUCGCAACUGGAAACCAACCAUGGCUGAGAUGAGUCGAUCAAUGCAAAGAGAACUGCUGUUGCUGACACUCGUGGCUUGUGUCCACUUGUUGGUCUGUCCUUUUACUAAAGUGGAAGAAAGCUUCAACCUGCAAGCGACGCACGACAUACUAUACCACCGCUUGCACCUGGAUAAGUAUGAUCACCACGAGUUCCCCGGGGUUGUGCCAAGGACCUUCGUGGGACCGCUUAUUAUUUCAUUGCUCUCUGCACCAGCAGCUUUUUUCCUCUCAGCUCUUGACGUGUCCAAGUUUUACUCGCAGCUUCUAGUCCGAGGAUGCCUAGGUCUCUGUGUGAUUUAUGCAUUCUGGAAGUUUCAGAAAGAAGUUCGGAAACAAUUUGGCACAACGGUAGCUGUUUUUUACUGUUGGAUUUCAGCAACUCAGUUUCAUCUUCUCUUUUACUGCACGAGAACACUCCCAAAUAUAUUUGCGUUGCCCAUUGUUCUCUUGGCAUUUACAGCCUGGAUGCAGCAGAAAUUUGGCACAUUUAUCUGGCUGUCUGCUCUAUCUAUCAUCAUAUUCCGAUCUGAACUUUCCAUAUUUCUCGGUCUCAUGCUGCUGUCAUCAGUAGUCAGCCGUCGAAUUUCAAUUUCCAGAAGUCUUUGCCAUGCAGUGUCAGCUGGAUUGGUAUGGUUGGCUCUAACCAUGUCUGUGGAUUCUAUAUUUUGGGGACGACUCAUUUGGCCUGAGGGAGAAGUACUUUGGUACAAUAUAGCUUUAAAUAAGAGUUCGGAAUGGGGAACAUCACCCUUUUUAUGGUACUUUUACUCGGCACUACCUCGGGCUCUUGGUUGUACCGUUGUUUUUCUGCCUCUUGGAGCACAGGACAGGAGGAGCUGGAGGAUGCUCUUCCCCUCAAUUGGUUUCAUCUUUUUAUAUUCAUUUCUACCUCACAAAGAAUUGCGCUUUAUAAUCUACACAUUUCCCAUCUUGAACGUUGUUGCAGCAAUGGGAUGUUCAUACCUAACGAUCAAGUACCACAAAUCCUUCUUUUAUAAAUUAGGAUUCUUUGCAGUGAUUGCACAUCUGGUAAUAAAUACCUGCUACACAGGAUUGUUACUAUAUGUAUCUCACCACAACUAUCCAGGUGGAGUCGCUAUGCAAAAACUACAUGAGGUUGUGCCUCCAACAGCAGCUGUUUCAGUGCACAUUGAUGUGGCUUCUGCUCAGACUGGUGUUUCCCGAUUUCUUGAACUCAAUCAAAAUUGGAGAUAUGACAAGAGAGAAGAUUUUAAACCAGGAGAAGAUGGCAUCUUUGAAUAUACACACAAACUGAUGGAAAUGGAUCCAAAUUAUGUAUCACAGCACCAAAAAACUCAUAGAAUAAUGUUUAAUAUUUCUGGGUUUAGUGGAAUUGGAUUUAAUUUCUCUAAAAUACCUCCACUUUACAUUAAAAUCGAAACAAAAUUAGUGGCAUUAGAAAAAAUAGACACAUUGACGAGAAAAAGAUAGAAAAUAUAAGCAACUCUUCAGUUUUAACUCUACUUGUUCCACUUGGUGUUUCUACACUUCUACAUUUCUGGAACAAAACACAAAAUGCUGGAGGAACUCAGCAGAUUGGGCAGCAUCUGGGAUGGAAAUGCACAGAUGAUCCUUCAAACUGAUAAGUUAAAAGGAAAAUAGGUGACUGGGAUGGGAGGCGAGUGUUGGAGGAGGGGAAGGGAGCAUGGUCCAUGGGGGCAGGAGUUAGCAACCUGAUGAUCCAGCAGUAUUUGGCAAAGUGGUCGCUUAGUCUAUGCUUGGUCUCGCCAAUGAAAAGGAAGCCACAUCAGGAGCCCCAAACGUAGGUUUGAAGAGGUGCAUGUGAAACUUUGUCUCACCUGGAAGGGUGCUGGGGACACAUGCAAACUUGAACAGCAGCUCCUGUUCCCUUUGGAUAGAUUAUACCCAAUGGCAUGAGCAUUGCAUUCACCAAUUGCAAGUAAUAUCCUCCCCAUUCUCUUUCCCACACCCACCUUCACACAUUUCCAAUCCCAUAUUUCCACUUUUAUCUCCCCAUCCACUUCCACCUCUUAUCCCUUCCUUUAGCUUUAGAUUUAACACCUCUCAUCUGACACCAAUGUUUCCUUGUCACUUCUAACCUUUGUAAUUUACUCAAUUUGUCUGCCAACUCCCCCACCUAUCACCUGCCAGUCUUUGCCCCCCCCCCACUCCAUUAAUCUAAAGAAAAAUCCCAACCCGAAACAUAGCAUCUGUGGAGGGAAUGGAAAUGCUAUCUCGUCCGCUGAGAUGCUCCAGCACCUCAUGUUUUGCUCAAAUUUCCAGCAUCUUCAGUUCCCUAUGCUUCCAAAUUCUUCCCGAUUUCAAACUUGGAUCAUGUGAAAUUGUGAUAAGAAGUUUAUAUGGGUGAGUGCCAUAAAUUUCCAACCAUCUAAGCGAAUGAAAGAAAACUGCAUGAUUUAAGGAAAUGGAAUCGCAAUUACUGUACAUCUUUAAAAAGUGCAGAAUUACUGCACAGCAGUACUUACUAACAAUUAUGCAUUCCUGUUGAUUUGAUUGUAAUGCCAAUAAGAUGGUUUUUGUAGCUAUUUAAUCAUGUUUUAUGAUUUCAUGGACUGAAAACAAGCUGUGAAUCAAACUUAGUACCAGUGAAUGAAAUUGAAACCAUUAAAUCAUGUCCGUUGUCCUUUG